GCUUGGUAGUGGGGCGUCAAUAGGGUAUGGGGAUCAGACAGUACUAUGGGGGUCAUAGGUCAAAGAAUCUGUGAGUUAUUUCAUCUUAAAAGUGGCUCACCGUGAGUGGGCGGAGCGUUUCGCCAAGCUCCGCCCAGGCGAGUGGGCCGGCCCCCGCCUCCUCUCAGCCCCGAACUAGUGUUAUCGCGUGCGUCGGACGCGAGGGUAGUGUGUGCCUCUGCUCCCAGCCCAUCCCACAGUGGCCGGGCAAGCCGGGAGGACUGUUGUUACAGGUCCGUGUGGCUGCCCGGAGGUUGAUGUCUUGAGUGGCGCACAGUGGUGUACAGCCUCCUGAGUGGUGCAAAGUCCAUUAAUUUAAUUGUGUUGUGAGUUGAAGAAUGUGUAACAGAUUACGUUUGUGCAAGUUCCCAAUGUGAUUGUGUCAGUUUAGUUGAUUGAUCUCUAGUGUAGACCGCGGCCUUGACCUUGUGAUCUAGUGACGAUGUCGGUGUGCAGGCGCGUGGCAGUGGCGGCGGCCCUUCUGGUGCUGGGCCGGGAGAUCCACGCCUCGGGCGGCUACCUCAAGAUGUUCGAGGCGCAGUACAACCCUCCUGACCCGUGCUACGACGAGACUGGCAGCCUCCCCAAGAAGUGCGUCCCCGACUUUAUCAACGCGGCGUUCGGCCGGCCGAUGGAAUCCUCGAGCACGUGCGGGACUCCCCCAUCGCGCUACUGCAUCACCACGCAGGAGAAGGGCGAGGUGAAACGGAAGUGCGAGGUGUGUGACGCGAGCGACCCGGCCACCUCCCACCCGCCCCACUAUCUCACCGACCUCAACAACCCCAACAACCUGACCUGCUGGCACUCGGCACCCAUCGACCCUCUCAACCCCAACAACGUGACUCUCACGCUCUCGCUGGGCAAGAAGUACGAGCUCACGUACGUCAGCCUCCAGUUCUGCGGCCAGAAGCCAGACUCCCUCGCCAUCUACAAGUCUAUGGACUAUGGCCAUUCCUGGAUCCCCUUCCAGUUCUUCUCGUCCCAGUGCCGCAAGGUGUAUCGCCGAAGGAGCCGCAUGGUGAUCGGCAAGGCAAACGAGCAGGAAGCCCUGUGCACUGAUGCCCACCUCAGCCUCAAUGACCCUGUCACCAUCCCAGGGUCACCGAGGAUCGCAUUCAGCACCUUGGAGGGUCGUCCCUCUGCUGGCGAUUUCGACUCCUCACCGGUGCUGCAGGACUGGGUGACUGCCACCGAUAUCAUGGUGGUUCUGGAUCGCCUGCAUCCAGAGCUGGACGAAUCCACGGCCGAUAACGAGAGUGUGGCUCAGGAAAGUUUCACGUAUGCUGUAGCUGAUCUGGCUGUCGGCGGACGCUGCAAGUGCAACGGUCACGCUUCCCGUUGCAUCACCGACAAGACGACCAAGGAGCUGGUGUGUGACUGUGCCCACAACACCGCCGGCCGCGAGUGUGAAAAGUGCAGACGCUUCCACUUUGACCGACCUUGGGGCCGCGCUACAUCCCGAGAGGCCAACGAGUGCGUAGGUAAGUGUUGCUGAGUGGAAAGACGGAGG